GAGCUGAGUGAGAAGCACAAGCUUCUCGCUGAGACUUGUGAGUUGCUGGGCUUCGCAACCUUCCGUCGCGUCCACAACUGCUACUUGAUGAUGGAUCUCAGCUUGGCAGACGUCAUGGAGACGUUUCGGUCUGUGUUCCACCAGAGGUUUGGCCUGUGUGAGNNUGGGCAUCGAAGAGCAAACUCACCCGAGCUUGGCGAUCACUUCGAUCCGGAGAAGCCCUUGAGCUACAUCAUGGCGCUGGACGUGUCCUCAAUGUAUCCCACGGCGAUGUGCGAACCCUUGCCCAUCGACUCUGGCGUGGAGCUGAAGCUCGCCGCCUCGCAAGUGGAGCGAGUGAGGCGACUGCGAAAGGCCUUGAAGACCACCGACUACAUGGCCAGCAACGAGGAGGCUUGUUAUCUCUGCGUGGUGGACUACUCCUUCCCCUUGGAGCUCCAUGACAAACUGGAUUGGGCUCCGCCCUGCCGAAUGAGUGUUGGAGAAGACCAGCUUUCGCCCUACACCCGGCAGCUGAUGGCCAGGAAUGGCUUGAAGUGCGGCAAAACUGCGAAGCUUGUUCCUUUCCUAGGCGCACAUGUCAAAGAGGGCGUUGAUGCUAAGCGCCUGGCUUUCAUGGUGGAGGUGAUGGGCGCACGCGUCGACAAGGUGCACCGAAUCAUCAAGUUCAAGUGCGCGCCCUUUCUUAGCACUUGGAUCAGGCGGUGCUACGCAGAGAGGCUGGAGCUCAAAAAGCAGGCGCGCUCAGUGGAGGCUGAGAUGCUCAAGCUUGUGAUGAAUGCCAUGUAUGGCAAACUCAUCCAGCGUCUUGAGCACUGCCGCUGCUCCCAGGUCUACACCGACGCGGCUAAGUUCGUGAGGGCAGCAAACGGCUACCGCAUGCAGGAUAUGGACGUGUUCGGCUCGGAAGAGGACUUCCUGGGCGUCGUGCAGAACCACGGGAAGGUACUCCUUCAGAAGAGCUUGGUGCAAACCGGUUUCCGCGUGCUGGAGCUCUCCAGACUUAUGAUGAUGAAGAACCAUUAUCUGGGCAUCAAGAAGCUCUUUCCGCAGGCCGUGCCCUUGUCGACAGACACAGACUCCGCGACCUAUUUCAUCGAGACUCCUGAGGAUCCCCUUCGCGCCAUGGCCGAGGCCAACGAACGCCGUGGGUUCCCUUGUUUCUUUGACAUAGCAAAGGAUCUCGUUGGCAAAAAAGAUGUGGACUGGGUCUUGGAGCACCUCACGAAAAAGAUCGUCGAGCAAGUGGGACUUCGGGCGAAGCUCUACUCGGUCCUCUUCUCGGACGUGUUGAAAGGCAAGCUCAGCAAGCAGCGAGCCAAGGGCGUGAUGAAACGG